GGUGGGUCCACAGUGGGUAGGAUGUGUGUGUGUGUGUGCAACGGAAUGGAGGUCUGGUGAAGUGACACAUGCACGGCCAUCCCAGUGAUACAGCGACAGCAUAGAGAAGCUUCCCCGAGCUACCUGACACGGAGUGGUGAGCUUUUAUGCGGUGCGAAUUGUUGUACGGCCAACUAGACCAAUUUUUUGGUUUUUUGCUCCUUCACUCGAGAGGAAAUUCGUUUGGUGCAAGCACACUAAAAAUUGUGCUUUGUUAUUGUGCCGAGUGUGUUUGUGUGCAGUGUUUCGAGUCGGCAACUGUGACGGACAACCAACACGGUGUCCCUUCGUUGAUGGUACCCGUGCGUGUCUGUAUGUGUGUAUGAAGUGGAUGAAGUGAAGAAUGCUUAGGACGAGAGAAAAUAAAUAAAUCUUCCCGUCAGUAAGUCGAGACGAAGUGGCCCCAAAUGAGCCCGCUGGUGGUAAGCUCGAGCGCAGCACAAUGCAGCGUGAAUAAUGUGUGCGUGCAGUUGGAUUGAUAAAUGUGUGGUAAAAUAAUUUGACAAACCGGGAGCAUCAUCUUGAGGAUGGACGGUUGUGCCGAAGGCAGGGAGUGGUGAUCAGUGGAAAUGGUGGAAAGUUUUGCACAGUAGCAAACGGCAAUCGAAUUCUGGAUUGGGUAGAACGGGGGCUUGUGCGUGUGUCUCUGAAGAGAGGAUAGGGAAAAGGUGUAAAAAAGUGUGAGUGGAAUGAAAAUCUAGUCAACAUUGCUUUUGAUCGUGUUUGACAGUUUCAGCAGCAAUCUUUUUCUCCCGCCCGCCCCAAGAGGGUUGCAUGAAAGUUUUGCUAGUUUGGUGGAGUUUUCAUCAAUUGCUGGUGGCGAUAGAGUAAUUAAAGACUGAUAAAUUACGAGAUUGAAGUAAGGUGAAUCUGUGGAAAAAAGUGUAUCUGUGAAACGUUUAAUAUAUAAAUAGAGGAAGAAACACUACGGCAAGUGAUCAAUCACCCGUCGCGGUAAUUUAAAGCAAGCGAAUAUCCCUGCAACAGUUCCAAAACUGCAGUUCACUAUGAGCAAACGAUGAGCGUAGGAACCAUGCACGAGAAGGACAGUCACGAUCACUAUCGUUACGACACGUACGCACCGCUGAUGAAGUCCGCGACCAUGAAGGGCGUCAAGGCGGUCCACUGCACCAGCGAAACCAGCACCGUGCUAAAGGGUGCCACACACACGACGAUGACCAAGCACAGCACCACGAUUCAUAGCAAGGACGGUACGGCCAAGUCCCGGUGCUGUUCCUGCUGUUCGAGCCGUGGUAGUUCCACCUUCUGGGCUGCACUACUGACAAACAUUGGCGUCUGCACGCUACUGCUGGCGUACACACUGCUUGGUUCGUUCAUUUUCCUUGCAAUCGAAGGAGGCGCUUCGCAGAUGCAACAGCGUACGCUAGCGUCAACUAACCGGCACCAGAAGCAACAGCCACUUAGCAACAAUCAUCACGGUCGGCAUGAUACGGCAAACCUUACCUUUCCGCAGCUAAUUUUACUCGAAGCGGUUGAGGCACGCCAGAAAACGGUAGAAAACAUCUGGGACAUUACGGUAUCGUUGAAUAUACUUUAUCGAGAAAAUUGGACACGUUUGGCAUCGAUGGAGAUUGCACGGUUCCAGGAGCAGUUUGUAAAUAGGCUUCUGGAGGAGAUGACACAAAUCAACAAUAUGCAACAUGCGGUCACGAGUGGAGGUGUUCACGAUCCGGGUCACUCGCAGGAUAACAACUGGACGUUUGCUCGUGCAUUCCUAUAUUCUUUGACCAUUUUGACGACUAUUGGUUAUGGCAGUGUAGCACCACGGACCGUUCUUGGACGGAUGAUAACUUUGGCCUACGCGGUGCUGGGGAUACCGUUGACAUUGGUCUACCUUUCCAGCACUGGUGGUAUGCUGGCGAAAGUUGCUCGCGGAGUGUUUUCUAGAGUUCUUUGUUGCUGCCUGUGCUCCAACUGUGGCUACUGUUGUUACGAUGAAAAACGAAUGGAGGAGAAAGAAAAGCGUAUGAAGCGGAAGCGUCAACAGAUGGAAAUGCAGCAGCAACAGCAUCUCGCCUUAUCCGGACAGGAACCGUACUACGUGCGGUCGGGAUCGCUACAAACCAGUGUAAGCUCACCGGAGAAACAGCUUACCAUGUUGGGCCCGGCAAUAACCACACCGGACCUAGACUCAGCGGCUGGCAGCAGUGACAGUGAGUCACGGGCAUCAAUGCAUGGUCUCAGCAUACUGGCACCGAUACUGCUGUGCGUGGCGAUGAUGUCGAUCUACAUCGUCGUCGGUGCACUGACACUGUUCCGCCUCGAAUCGUUACCUCUGUCGGACGGUGUGUACUUUUGCUUUAUGGCACUGUCCACGAUAGGGUUUGGUGCGUUAGCACCUGGAACACGUCGCGAAUCGACCGCAACCACGUGGUUCUGCUCGGGAUACAUCAUGGCCGGUAUGGCACUGACCGCCAUGUGCUUUAACGUGCUGCACGACGAAAUUUUGCACCGGUUGCGGCACAUGGUGGAGAUGCAGAAGGAGAUCAAGAAUCACAACGAGCAUCGCCGGUUUCUCGCAUCAUGACGGUACGAGAAGAAUACCAAUCUGUACCAACGGAAUCCCACCGAGGAAACCCUUAUUACCGGUAAGUGGUCAUGUUUUAAAGCUAUAAACAAGUUUCUUACAUUCCAAGAAUUUUGUGAAAUUUUAUCUAUGGCGUGAUGCUUUUUUUAUAGGUGUUAAAAUUCUUUCUUUUAAAACUGUUCAAUAACCUCCUUACAUUCCAAGAAUUUUGUUAAGUUUGACUAAUAGGGUCAUGCCUUCUUUACAACGAUAUACCAAACUUGUCUUUAUGAGAUGAGUACCCAAUCAUCCCUGAAUGGAAUUAUGAAGAGCAUUUCUUUAAACUUGCUAUACAGCAGGAGGAACUACUUUAGUCUGAGGUAUUUCACACACCAAGGGUGUCAAAAACGAUGUCAACCCGUACCGAAAUAGGAUGCAGACAAAUAGAUCAAACGAAGUGGAAUGGGUGUAAGAAAUACCUCUAAUUGAAUUACAAUCGAUACUACUACUUUUGUGGAACGUUCAUUUCUGAGAAAUGUCUUGUAUUGCCUUUGCAAGGCAGGAAUGAAAAUCGUGCAGGAAUUAUAGUCGUGAGGAAAGCGAGGGAGAGAGAGAGCGAAAAUUGAAAAUGGAUUCUAAUUUGAUCAAGCUACAAUCAAGAACCGUUUAGAAGGAGCACAAUAGUGUGACUUUGUAGCUUACCUGCAGACACCGUUCUACAUCGCACCGCUUGCACGAUGGAAGUUGAAGCUGAUAAUUAAAUUAUCGGCUUAUCUUUCCACUGAGUUGAGUUCCCACGAUAGGGGUUGAAUCUCUCCAAUUGUGUGUAGGAUAUAUGCAAACCGGCAGGCGAUCUAAAUUAAAUUGCCCGGAAGGGGGUAGUAUCGUUCGGCGAUAUAUAUCUUUGUCUCCUAAUCAUAUCUUGUUUUACUUUUUCUGCUUUGUUUUUCUUCAGGUACACCAACGUCAGUAAUUUUCGCACAGGAACCGGAUUUGGGGCAGCUGCAUAUGCAGCACGAUUGCCAUUCGGUACAUCAUACGGUCGGCCAUGAGCUCAUACCAAUUGUAACGAUGGCACCGAACGGUCCCAGUCCGGGCCUGUCAUCGGAGCUGUUGGACCGUGGCCCAUCCCUGUCAGACGUUGUCCCAGGCGGUCAGACAAUGAUGCAUCCGGCAGGGGAGCAAACUGCUUCGCCACAUGGACUUGCAAUGGGCGGCGUUGGUGGGAUCGGAUCGAUGAUGUCAUCAAAUCUGAAUACCAGCGUGUACACGCUCCCAGAGGAAUCGGAACACGAGUCGGAGGAAUGCCCUGCUAUGUAAGACGAAACAAAGCUUUGAAUAAAUGGGCACCAUCGCCGUGCUUUCUCUUCCGGCAUAAUGAUACAGGUAGUGUCUCCGUGGUGAGACACGCGUACACUAAAUCAAUCAAUUGUUGAAUCAUUUCUUAACUUAAUCGUACUGUUGAGGUGGAUCAAUUAUAGCGGCAUUGUGGUUACAUAGGUUACAUCUUAGGUAAAUAAAAAAAGCAACUUUUGUUUAGAUAUGUCGAAACAUAGAUAACGUGACCUCGACACAAGUUCAUGAUACUAAUGUUCAGUCGAUAUGAUAAGCGGAAAGAUAGUAAAGAAUGUCUUGAUGAAUACUCUUGAGAAUUUCACCAUCAAGCUGAAUGUACAUAUAAUACAGCCGUUAGCAACUUCAGCAAGCUAAUAUUUUAAAACACAUUUUCCACAUUUCAGGUGUUGUAUAGUCAAUGAUUUCAACACUCUUAUUUCAUUACCAUGUAUUGCAAGAGGGUUUCGAGUUAUGUCGUACAGUUUUGUGGCAAUAUGAAAUAUACCAAAACACCACAAAAACAUUUAAUGUUGUUUUGAAACAUAGUACAGAGCAUUAUAUAGUGUUUGUUUUUUGUUUUUUAAUGAAUUAUCCUAUAAUAUUAACAUUGAAAAUCAUUGCUAUUCACUAUGCGAGUGGGGAUCACGAUUAUGUUCACGAGUACUAAACAUAUGCAUAGAUAACGAAAAGUACAUUACGUAAAGCUAGAUAAUACCGAAGAAACUUAACUUACACGCCUGUAACGUACAUAGUAUAUCACUACAUCUACUUAGAUAAAAGCGAACAAGAAAAAUGCAAGGAUAGAAUAGAAGUAAACGUCACGAGAAAUUGAGCAAUAGCGUUUGUCUCAUGCCCAUUGUACGAAAGGAACCCCAAUAGAUAAUGAAAAAACAAAUCACCUGCCGCACGCAGAAAAUGUGUGCAAAAAGGAGAUCAAUCAUUUUGUCGUAGCGAGAACAAUGUUUUGAACAAAUUUUUUAAUCCUGUUUGGUAUCGUUUACAUUACGUACCUAGGCCAAUACAUUUUUUUCUUGAGCAAAUUGUAUUAUUUACUUUUAACUAAAUCUGAUGGAAGCGGAAAUCUUGUUCAAGAGAUAAACAAAUACUUUACAAUGGGAUGAUCAGUAACGAUACGAUAUCGUUAAACAAAAUAAUCACAAAAUUCACAUAUUCGGUAUCCGAAUAGUGCUCAUUACAUUCCGUUACGCAAAACAUGAAAGAUAAAUGUAUUUGAAUAUUUGAGGAAAAACAAGAAAGAAGAGUGGAUAAAAAUACACACGAAGGAAUUUAUCGUACUUAUUGCAUAUGCACAACAGGAUUGGAAAAAAGAAUUGAGCGGACCUGUUCCAUGCAUAACGUGUCGAGGAGACGUGACUAAGUCGUCUAGUAAACCAUUAUAUACAUUUUCGUGCAAAUAUGUAAUUGAACUCUAUUGUAUGAUAAUGGAAUAUAUUUCUCUUUCUACAGUAGUUGCUCCCAGAAAACAGAAACCCAAAUCCCCACCCCGGGUGCAAUAUCUUCAACAUACAAACUGUAGCAAAAAAGCUCUCCAAACUUUUUCUUAACCGUUAAACAUACCGGAACAGCCAGUGACAAAGGCAGCUAAGUUACCGAACGAGCAGAUAAUGAUGAAGUGUGACAUUUUUUAUGAAGUUGUAUACUAUUGCUUUUACUCAUCCCCGAAGCCUAAGCGAAAAGUGUGGCGAUUGAAGGUAGAGCAUUAUGAUUCGAGUAAACUGUCCGUUGCGUUCAGUCUCAAAAGAUAAACAAAUUGACGGAAAGCCGUACUCGUAGUUACCGAAGUUCGUGUAAAAUUUUUGUACACCAAAAACCAGUUGUGCUUCAUGAGACUACCGAUAACCAGUAUCGUUGCGUGUAUUAUUAAAAGUGUAAAUGAAAGUGAUGCACUGCGCGAUGAAAGUAUGAUUCAAACUUACAUUCAGAUAGUUUGCCACCCAUUCGAUUGGCAGGCGGUUGCAGUGGAUGAUCGUAAUGUUUGCGUUGAAUUUCCCCACGAACAAAUGCCGAACCGAAUUGAUCCUCUCGUGCGGAGUAAAGAAACGAUUGGAAGUCACACUGACAUCUUUUAACACGAUGUGAUACAUAAUAAUAAACAGUUUCGGUGUAGUGUUAUCGCAAUAAGAAAGAUGCAAUCGUAGGAAUGGAUGGAUUUGAAACGAAAACGAAACGCGAACAAACGAAGGAAUGUAAUCUCCUGUAAACCUGGCAGUCACAUACAAUCCUCCCCGUUCACUACAUAACAUAAGUAAGUGCAUAAUUACAUUCGUUGAAGAUGAAACUGGUGCACUAAUGGGACUUCCUCAAGCAUCAUGCAUGUCCAUUCACCAGGAUGAACCGUUCAUCGUCCUUUUAUCGAUGCUGAUCGUUGAUGUAAUAAAAAGUAUAUACGUACACUAA